UCUGUAGCGCUUCCUCGUUAGUUGUCAAGGCUUUCGUGUGCGCGAGAUGUUGGAAGGGGCGGAGGCUGAGCACCGACUCCAGUAUAUACACGAUGAAGGUUGGGUGUCGGGGAGGUUCCCAGCGCAUGUUGCAAAGCAGCAAAUCAAGGUUGGGAAAGGCGGCUAAAGAGUAACCGAAACAACGCAUCCUUUUGGGAAGAGAACGAAGAAAGGAGGAAACGACACAAGAUCUCCUAGGGCCGAAGAUACACUCGAAUAUACGCUAUUCUUUAGGACAACCAAGAGAGGAAAGCAGUGCUAUACAGAUCCAAACGAAACCAAAUUCAUGGCAGAGAUUGGACAAAUUAUCACUAAGAGAGUAGUAAACUUUUCAUUAAACUGAAUGGAAUUAACCUUCCCACUCCUCCAACUGAAAACUAAGCUAACAAACAAAAAAGGCAGGCCCUGGUUUAAUCUUUAUUAUGGUCGUUUUUGUUUUUCACAUUUUGAGCAGUCGUGUAUAAAUUUCUUGGUCCGGUAUGAAACAGAUAGUUUCUUUAAUUUAUAGAAACCUUGCAAGUUAAUUGGUUUUUCUGCAAUUUAAAACUUUUUUUUAUAUUUUGGUUUAAAUCUUUCCUCGCCAGUGUUGUUUUUUUUUUUUUUUUCACUCUUUUUUUUAAUCUGCCAUUAUUGGACUUGUUAGACAAUGCUUUACCUGAAAAAGUAUUUCACGGAGGGACUUAUUCAGUUCACAAUUUUGCUAAGCCUGAUUGGCAUAAGAGUUGAUGUGGAUACAUACUUGAAUUCCCAGUUGCCACCACUGCGAGAAAUCAUUUUGGGACCCAGUUCUGCUUACACCCAAACCCAAUUUCACAACCUGAGGAACACCCUGGAUGGCUAUGGCAUCCAUCCCAAGAGUGUUGAUCUAGAUUACUACUUCACAGCACGUCGGUUACUCAGUGAGGUUCGAUCAUUGGACAGGCUACAGGUGCCCAGCACAGAACUCAGUGCCUGGCUAGUACAUCGUGACCCAGAGUGCUCUGUAUCCAAUAGUCAAGUCAACCCCACCAUUACCCUGGAGAAUGCCAAUAGUCUGGAGGAGGUGGCCAACUCUGAGACCUCAACAAUGAGGAAUAAUGGAAGUUUAGAUCCAUUAUACAGUGAAGAAAUGGAUGAGAAUCGAGGAGCUGUGGCCCGAGAUGACAAUGAUGAUGACCUAACCAAAGAGGACAUAGAUUUAAUUGAUAUUUUAUGGCGGCAAGAUAUUGACUUGGGGGCAGGCCGUGAUGUGUUCGAUUAUAGCAACCGGCAAAAAGACAAUGAAGUGGAGAAGCCACAGAGUGAUGACAGAGAGUAUGGUGAGAGCUGGAGGAAUGGCCUGAACUCACGAGGAACUCCGGACUCGUUGCCUGUAGAUGGCGAGACAGGAGAGAGCAUUCCCGAGCAAGUUACUGGCCUUACAGAUCAGACUGCCUUAUCCUUGCAGGAAUGCCUUCGUUUGCUAGAGGCCACAUUUCCUUUUGGUGAAGAAGCUGAGUUUUCAGGCACUGUUGGUCCUGAAUUGGAAGGCCCUUCAACAUCCUCUUCUCAGACACCACUGCUGUCCCCUCUACUGCCAUCCACAGAUGUUCCUCUGGACCUAGAGCAACAAUGGCAGGACAUCAUGGCCCUCAUGGAGCUUCAGGAGAUGGAAGUAAAUAGUUCUUUAGACACCUCAUUUAACGGGCAUUCUGGGGAAGGGCCUUCUGAUAAUUUCAAUCUGUCCAGCAACACUCCUAUAAAUGAAGAUGUAAGUCUGCACCAAGCCUCCCUUCCCAGCUGCAGCCAAGACUUUCCUGUUUUUUUCAACCCAGAGUUAGUAAACUCAUGCACCAUGGAGACUGGACCUCCUGACACCCUUUUAAGCCUGUCUUCAAGCAAUUCCACUGAUGUCAAUGCCACCUUUGGAGCCACUAACCUCACGGACAUGUUUCUCCCUCCUCCUCUCAACGAUACUUCUAACAGCACAGCAACCCCAGACCUUGCUGACCCCAUCAGUACCUUACUGGAGGAAGCAAUGCUGGAUGAGAUUAGUUGGUUGGAUCUUGCCAUGGAGGAAGGAUUCAGUCAAGCACAGGCAUCUCAGCUGCAGGAGGAGUUGGACUCUGACUCUGGACUUUCUCUUGAUUCUGGCCGAAGCCCAGCUUCUCCAAGUAGCUCAGAAACGUCAUCCUCCUCCUCCUCCUCUUCCUCCUCCUCCUCCUCUUCUUCUUUCUCCGAGGAGGGUGCUGUGGGAUACAACACUGAUUCUGAAACAGUUGAUUUUGACGAAGGAGCUGUUGGGGGCUAUCAGCCAGAGUACAGCAAGUUUUGUCGAAUGAGCUACCAAGAUCCUUCUCAGUUCCACUAUCUACCCCAGCUUGAGCAUGUCAACCAUAACCACACUUAUAACUUACCCCCAAGCUCACCACAGGAAGAUGAACUGAACCUUACUGUCGGUGCCAGCAAGAAGUCCAAUGGUGCACGAGAUAGGCAUCAUGAGGACUUUAUAGAUAGACAGUCUAGCCGUGAUGAGAAAAGAGCAAGGGCCAUGAAGAUCCCUUUUUCUAACGAGAAGAUCAUCAACCUUCCUGUUGAAGAAUUCAAUGAGCUCAUUUCUAAGCACCACUUGAGUGAGGCACAGUUAACUCUUAUUCGAGACAUUCGCAGACGAGGCAAGAACAAGAUGGCUGCACAAAACUGCCGCAAGCGUAAGUUGGACACCAUUCUGAAUUUAGAGCACAGUGUUGAUGACCUGCGCAAGGACAAGUCCAGGCUUCUCAAGGAGAAAAUGGAGUUCAUCCGGUCCAUCCGACAGAUGAAGCAGAAGGUGCAGGACCUUUACCAAGAGGUGUUCAAUCGGCUGCGGGAUGAGAAUGGCAGGCCCUACCCAGCUAAUGAGUAUUCCCUGCAGUAUGGGAGUGACGGCAGUGUCAUUGUGAUGCCCAGGAACUUGGCAGUUGAGCAGGGCAGGAAGCCAGAUAAGAAACACAAAGACAAGAAGAAAUGAAAUUCUGUUUGAAGAUGAUGCUCGGGACUCUUGUGGAAAAGAGAAAAUUAAAAUACUUUUUUUCUUUUUCUUUUUCCUACCAUGAAGCACAAUGGUUUGCUUUAGAAAGAAAAAAGACAAGCCCAACAAAAUGAGAUUUGAAUAGUAAAACUGAAAGCAGAGCUUACAGAAAAUGGUCUGCAUACGUUUGUGUCAAAUCUGGCAUCUGCAGGUCAAUUAGAAAGAGGAAGGGGGUUUUUAAUUUAAUGUUUCUGUCCUGUUCCCUCACCCCACCCCCCUCCCAAAAGGUGGCAAAUUCGCUUUUAGGGAUGGAGGUCAACAGUGGGACUGGAUCACAAAUCUGUUUGCUUGUUUCAGUUGCUUGGGACUUAGUGGGCACAAGCUUGUCUCAUCCUGUGGAGGGUUACAAGAGACUUCUGCUCCCUAAUAAUAGUAAUUGGGACAAAAGGUGUCUUCAUCCAUUAAAAGCCUCCCUGUGAGGUUUGUGGUUGUCCAUCUUGGAAUGUUGUGGCUUUUGGAAGAGGAAGACCCCUGCUGCGAGGGUCAUAAAAAUGAAUGUUGGGAAGGACUCUGAGGAAGAAAGAAAUACUUUGCAUUUUAGAAAAUGUUUACCAAAGUUGUUUGCUGUCUCUCUUUUUUUUUUUUUUUUGUCCUUUUUCUUUGAUGGGUUUAAUUACUUGCACUUGGUAAAUGCACCUGGGCGGAGGGAAGUGUACACCUUUUUUGACUUCAUACAAAGCAGCUAGGAUUUUUCUUUGUACGGAGACUGGAGUUCUUUUGUGAAAAGGAAUGCUUGUCAUGCUUGAAGUGGCAAUAGGACCAGCUGCUUAGAUUAGCCAGUGUGAGCUAGAUGGUGAGCCUUGCACGAAGAUGGUAAAUUGCAAGUAUAGACUGCUAAAGUUUUAGUGCUGAAGUUUCCAUAAUAAAUAAUGUAAGAUUUAUUUGCAAAAAGAGAGAGAAGAAAUAGCCCAAGAGCUCUGCUUGCCUUCUUUAUGAGGAACGAGUUAUUGUUUGGAAAACGCUACCUAAAUUCUGCAAUUAAUAGUAAAUUGACAAUAAAGCGCCAAAGGUUAGGACUUCCCUCACCACACUACUAGUGCAACAAUACUUUAUUGUUGGCUUUUUCACUCGCCUUAUAGUGUGCAGUAUUGAGCACCUACGUUGUGUUUUUUCAAGUAAUAUAUUAAUUUAUCUAUAUGCUUAAAAAUCAAGCAGAUAUACAGUGUAGCAAUCCAUUCAACUCCUAUUGUCAAUUGAGAAAAAAAAAAUAUGUGUAUAGUACUCUUUGCUGGGCAUAGGCUCAUAGAACUGUAACAAGUUCACAGAUAAAGUUCAUUUGCAAACUUUACAAACCACAAUGUACACACAAACACACACACAGAUUAAAAAUAUACAUUAUAAACGCACAUUAAACAAGGCCAUUUCAAACAGAGUUGUCUAUUGAUAUUAUUGUAGAGAAAUGUCCAGUUGACAAUGGAGGAAUUGGAAAACAAAAAGUCCAGUCAGUUGCAUUGAUUCCAUAAUACUGGUUUGCCCACAUUGUGCAGAUUGGGAGGCAGUUUUACUGGGUCAUAUGAUUUUAAUUAUGUCCAUCCAUGCAUUAUCCAACCCACUAUAUCCUAACACAGGGUCAUGGGGGGGUCUGCUGGAGCCAAUCCCAGAGGCUGCAAGGCAGGAAACAAACCCUGGGCAGGGCGCCAGCCCACCGCAGUUAUGCCCAUUUAAUUCAUUUUAUUUUUGCAUGGUGCUCUUCAGUGAAUGCAGGCACAGUGACAAGCGCACACAUAGAUACAACAUAAAACUUUACAAAUUACUAAUUCCGUAAUGAACACUUAUAUACAGACACAGAUUUGUGUAAACAGACAGGAAAGCAAAGUAGUUUGAAGCUGAUUAACGUCAAUGGAACCCAACAGUAUCGGUCCACUAAUUAAUUGUUGAACUACAGCUAGUUGGCAUGAAGCUGAUUAACGUCAAUGGAACCCAACAGUAUCGGUCCACUAAUUAAUUGUUGAACUACAGCUAGUUGGCAGUAGAGGAGAGGAAAACAAAAACUCAGCUAGCAGCAUCCCUGGCGAAUAUACACCUCUGGGGGUCCAAAGCAAAGUCAUAAGAUUAAGUCAAGACAGUCACGGUAUUUGAUGUAGAAAAAAACAAAACACUGUGUGGGUUAAGAUCUUUCUUUAAUUAAGCAAGAUGGGAAUCCAUAUCUUGGGGAGUAAUACAUAACUUGGGGGAGGGGGGGUUAUAGGGCUUCUCUCAUUAUCCAGUGCAUUUGCCAAUCUAUUAAUCAUUUUAUUUUCCUUAUAGAUUGAAUGCUUUAGGGCACUGAUGCUGUCCUUGCAGCUAUUUUUUGUGUCUGCCCUACAGAGAUGGAAACUGGGGGCUUGAGCUAGAGUGUUUGGCACUGUUUUGACCAUUAUCUUGGUCCUCUGCAAAAUGUGCAGUGCUUCAAAAUGAAGGGAGUCAUGCAACUCUGAUGUCGUUACAGGUAAAAUGAACUACCAUAACCUUUUUGACAUUUGCAUUAAUUACUUUUAUGUCACUUUCCUUAUAUAAAAAAAAAAAAAAAAAAAAAGAUGUAGCAAAUUGCAAAACUUCAUUUUGUUUGAACACCGUUAUUUGUGGAGGAAAGCCAAGCAGUUAUUUAUCUUGAACGUUUGCCAUAUGCUUUCUUUUCCAAAUUGCACGUAUUGGCAGGACAUUUGCAAACGGCGGAUCUCAUGCCUCUGUUAGACCCAUCCUGGAAUGAGUGGGACCCAACGCACAUCUUCGUUUUUGUGUUCUUUCAUACAGGUGCACGCAAGGCUCCGUAGAGAUGCUGUUGCAUUUCCCAUGCUGCUCAGACUGGGUGAAUAAACCUUAGGCUGUAGAUUGCUUGGUAGGAGCCUUUUUAUUUUUUCUGUGUUGGUAGUUUCAUGACUCUGGAAAUUUAUGAAAUUUCAAUUUACAAGCUUUUUUUUUUUUUUUUUUUUCUUCUCAUCAUGAUGAUUGCGAGGAUGUCCCUUUUGGUUCAUAUAUAUAAUAUAUAUAUAUAUUUAUAUAAUUUUUUUUUUUUUCUUCCUAUCUGCACAAGCGUGGCUUAAACAACAAUACACUGUCUAUCCAAACAGUUCCGUUGCAUAUUCUACAGAGUAAUCACUAAUGCUUCAGGAUGCUUCCCUGCCAGUUCAUGUGUGUGCCCAUACCACUUACAGAUCCACCACAGUUUAUUCUGAUUUGGGUGGGAUUUUUUAUUUAUUUAUUUUUUUUUUGAGUUUGAGGUUUUUACUGUCUCCUGUUGUUUGUAACUGGGUUACAAAAGGCUCCCAGUUUUCCUUGAGUGUCUAGAGAAUGGUUGGACUUGUUGAUUUUUAUGUACUUUGCUGUGAAAGCAGUUGUGCACUUGCACUGUAUUAUUUUGUUACCUAAAGAGAGGCUGCCUUUGCGCUCAACUUUUUUUUGGCAGUUCAUACAAAUGUGGAAGCUUGAUGGGUUAGCCUGCCUUUUGGCAGGAAGUGCCGUUUCCACUUAGUAUUUUGGGGUGUGUGACUGGAUUGCUGUCAACCUACCCCACUACAUUCUCGGUUGUCUCCUGCAUUAUAGUGUUAUCUUGACCAUCCUCUGUGCCAAGUAACACUUUUAAGAAACUCAAGUACGUUCAUUCGUUAAUUGAUGGCCUAGCCAAAGCUAGAGGUGUUGUCUACAAGGUUGAGCCCCUGCUCCCCCUUGAAGUAUAUUUCAUGGCUGUUCCAUCUUUGAUCAGUCAUUUGGAAUUACGAUUGAUGUACUUUCUCCAACUUGAAAUUAGAUUCUGCCUACACCCCUGGUUGUCAGCAGUUACUUUUCAUGUCUCCAUGUCAAACACCAGAAAUGAGAUGUCAUGCCACAAUUUCCCACACGACAAGAACACUUGAGUGGGUGUUUCUGUUUUGCUUGAAAGUGAUACACUGGGAUUAAAAUGCUCCAAAGCACUUUUAAAUUAAUUUGUAUGUUGCUUAAAGAUACCUUGUGUCUCCUCUUUAUUUUUAUUUCUUAAUAUGUUCGUGUUCUGUUGGAUUUACUGUUCUGUUUUUGUACAGUUCUGAGUGUUUCGUGUCAAAGGAAAGCUCUGUACCCCUUUACUUUUUUUGUGUGUGUGUGUCUGUGUGUGUGUGUAUAAAACUGAUGUAUACUCAUGCACACCAUUUUUGUUUUUUAAUUCUGAAUAUUUGCUAGCAAUCUGGGAUUGUUCUAAUGAAAUAAAAAUUUGUUUUAUUUUCA